CACAGGUGGCAGGUGCACACGUCACCUCCUUUGACUCUGUCAGAAGCUCCACCACCACCACCACAAGCUGCUGCUGCAGCAGCCGAGCAUUCACCCUCACCGCCCACCAUGUCCGCGACGCUGCUCGGCAUCCUGCCGGCCAACCCAACGCCGGCGAAGAGCAACCAGGCGGCCAAACUGAGCUACCACGCGCCGACGCAGCGCAUCGCCUACGCCCAGGGUCGCACCGUCGUCCUUCGUUCGCUCGCUGCGUCGUCCCCUGCACCCACAGAAGCACCAGCAGGACCGCGCUUCCUGCAGCCAGGCACACAGCUGUACGCACAGCAUGCCCACCCCGUCACCGUCGCGCGUUUCAGCCCGUCCGGGUACUACUGCGCAUCGGCCGACAUGUCCGGCCUGGUGCGCAUCUGGGACGUGCUCAACCUCACAUCGGGCGCCGGUGGCGAGGCCGUCCUCAAGCUCGAGCACCGCGCUCUUGCGGGCCCUGUGCGCGACAUUGCCUGGGACGCUGAAGGCAAGCGCCUCAUCGCGGUCGGUGAGGGGCGCGAUUCGUUCGGCGCCGUCUUCCUUCUCGACUCGGGCUCCAGCGCCGGCACAAUCGAAGGCCACUCGAAGCCGAUCAACGCCGUUGCGCUCAACACGGCCCGCCCCUUUCGUGCCAUCACCGCCGCCGAUGACGCGCAGCUCGCUUGGUACACCGGCGCGCCGUACAAGCUGGCGCGCACGCUCGCCGACGCACACACCCGCUUCGUACAUACCGUCGCCUUCUCACCCAGCGGCAUGUACGCCCUCAGCGCAGGCAGCGACAGUAGACUCGUCCUCCUUGACGGCAAGAGCGGCGAUAUCCUCGCGUCGGACCUCAGCGGUGCCAGCGGCGGUGCGCACAUGGGCACCGUGUACGCCGUCGCGUUCCACCCCAGCUCGGACGAGACGUUCAUCAGCGCAGGCGCAGACAGCACGCUCAAGGUGUGGCGCCUGUCCGGAGCGAGCGCCUCCCUGCAAUCGUCCCUUAGCCUCAAGAUUCCCGGCGCAGAGCGCGGCGACGAUCAGCUCGUCGCUGCCUGCUUUGCCGGGCCGGACCGCGUCGUCGUGCAGAGUGGCAAUGGGCAGCUCACGCUCGUCCACCUCUCCUCUUCUUCCCCCAGCAACAGCAACACUAGUAGCAGUGGCAAUCACAGAAUCGAGGCGAUUUACGCGCCAACGAAGAGCAUCACCGCGCUUCACGCCGGCGGCUCGAUGCUCUACGGCGCCAGUUUCGACGGCAAAGUCGUCGCGUGGGACCUGUCGCACGGUGUCGACAAUCUUCUGCAGGGCGGCAGUGUGUCGUGCACGCCGCUCGUCGGCGCCAUCAGUGGUGCGGCGCUCGCACCGGCCGUCAUGGGCCUGGCGCUCUCGUGCUCCGCAAUGGGGCACGGCGAGUUGCUUAGCGUAGGGCUCGAUGACGCGCUCAAGCGCAUCCCGCUCGCCUCGGCAGCAGGUACAGGUACUGCACACGGCAGUGCAGUCGCACUCAGCGGCCAGCCCAAGGCGCUCGCUGCGCCUACCGCUACUCCCAACGGCCCAGCAUACAUCGCGACGCCGGACGGCUUUGACGUCGUCGACGUUAGCAGCAGCAGGAAGGUCCAUUCGCAGCCCGCGCCCAGCGCGCCGAGCGCCAUCGCCGUGCACCCACAUGGCACGCUCGUUGCGCUCGGCUGCGAGGACGGCAAGGUGCGCAUGUACGCUGCCUCGCCCUCUGGCGCGGGGAUCGCGGUGAAGGAGCUGCCGCACGCGACGCUGGCAAACGGGCGCAGCGCCAUCACAGCGCUGGCCUUCGACCCGAGCGGGUCGCUGCUGGCAGCGGGUGAGAGCAACGGCAAGAUUAUCGUGUACGACGUCUCUGCCGUUAGUGGUAGUGGAACCGCGCAAGCGACGGUCAAGAUCCUACAUUGGGUCUUCCAUACGGCGCGCAUCAAUGACAUCAAGUGGAGCCCCGACGGCGAUGCGGCUGUCAGCGGCAGUUUGGACACGAACGUCUACAUCUGGUCUGUCUCCAAGCCGGCCAAGAACAUCGCGAUCAAGAACGCGCACGCAGGCGGUGUGAACGCCGUCGCGUGGCUCGACGACGCGCGUAUCGCGACCGCCGGCGCCGACGCAUGUGCUCGCAUUUACAGCGUCAAGCGGCAUCCUUGAGGGUAGAGAGAGAGGAGAGCGAGAUCAGGGCGUCCCGAGUGACACGCCAUACCAGUGUACACAUCAGUGUUGACUCGGAGCGUGCCCGCCUACAUCGAAAGAGAAUCGAUGCAAUGCACUUUAGAAAGCAGACAAUACAAUGCGAU